AUGGAUAAUCAAAGAGAGAAGGAACGGGAUCGAUCUAGGCGGGGAGACAGACCUUCACGUUUUUCUGACGCUAUCCGUGACCGAUCUGUUGACCGUGAUCGUUCAGAAGGAAGGCGGCUAUUUGUCUCAAACAUUCCAUAUGAAUAUCGUUGGACCGAUCUAAAAGAUUUAUUCAAAGAAAAAGUUGGCGAUGUUGCAUAUGUUGAUUUGUUCAAUGAUGAUAAUGGUAAGCCUAGAGGAUGUGGUGUUGUAGUAUUCACCACUACAGAGGCAAUGAAGAAAGCUCUAUCAGUCAUGCAUAGAUAUGAGUUAAAUGGCCGAAAGCUUGUUUUGAAGGAAGAAAUGGGUAAUGAAAGAAACAGACUUAGUUCUUCGAGGUCUGGUGGAGUAGGCAGUGGAAGAAAUGUAAGAGAUGAUAAAGAUAACUGGGGUGCCAGUAAACCAAGAGAGCCAGAAAAUUUUAACACUUAUGGUCUGAGCCUACAAUUUUUAGAGUCUAUCAAUGUGCAGCCACCUUUGGUGAAGAAAGUGUUUGUUGCUAAUCUGGAUUAUAAAGCUGAUCGUGCUAAAAUUAAGGAAGUGUUUAAAAUGGCUGGGAAAGUCUAUAAUGUAGAUUUAGCAGUAGAUAAAGAUGGUAAUAGCAGAGGAUUUGCAGUGGUUGAAUAUGACCAUCCUGUUGAAGCUGUUCAGGCAAUAUCAAUGUUUGACAAGCAAAUGUUAUAUGACCGUCGCAUGACAGUUCGAAUGGAUCGUGGUGUGUCAGAUAAGACAGAAGUUAGGUUACCGGAGGGGUUGAAAGGAAUUGGUCUUGGACUGGGCCCUAAUGGGGAACCCUUAAGAGAUGUGGCGAGGAAUUUGCCUCAGACACCAAGUACUACAAACUUGAGCUUGGCUGGCACUCCAGGAAUUGGUGCUGGAGUAUUGGGCGCGGUGCCAGCUGCAGGCGUGGCAUUAAAUGGCCUUGGCACUGGACUCUCAGCUAAUACACUUGGUACAAACGCUGCAUUAGGAGGCAGUUUGAGCUUGCAGGCUUUGGGUUUGACGGGUUUAGGGGCAUUGCAAAAUCAACUGCUGCAACAGGGUCUCACAGCCAACGACCUGGCUACUGUUCUGUCAGCACAAGCAGCAAAUGUUAACACAAAUAAUUUGGGAUUAAACACUACAGACUUGGGAUCCAAUGUUAUGGGUAAUUCCAAUAUGGGUGGCAAUGUGCUGGGUGGCAAUCCCAGUUUAAGUAGUGGACCACUGUCAGGCCCAAACAGACAAAUGGGGAAUGUACCAGUUCCUGGUCAGGGCUAUGGUCGUGAUACAGGAGUACAGCAAGGUGGAAGGGAUAAAGACAUGGUUAUAAUUUCUAAUCUUCCAUCAACAGUUUCUUGGCAAUUGAUUCGAGAAAAGUUCAGUGAGUGUGGCGAUGUUAAAUUUGCUGAAAUGACAGCACCAGACACAGCAAUUGUUCGUUUCCAUAAAGAGUGGGAUGCAGAGAGAGCAAUAAAAAUGUUUGACAGGACUCGUAUUGAUGGCAGGACAAUUGACGUUCGCUUCUACUAA